CUACGCACAAUUUUCUGGAUGAAAGAGGACACCCCGCGAAAAUUGCUUGUCCCUGGACACACAGCCAGUAACAGCAAGCAGCAAAAGUCCCAGGUGACACAAGGACGAGAAAGUAUAAAGGUUAGACCGCCGGAGUGGCCGUGACUCCAUCCCUGGCAUAAUGCGUCUUGCCCGUCGAUAGAGCUUUUUGACCCCCGUUGUACAACCUCGAGGCUUGAUUAUGACCGGAGCAACAUAAGCUGCUUAGUCUCAUCAAUUCUUGAUCAGACGUGUCUCACCGUAAGCCCACCAUAAGACACCUUCUGUUCGCGUGCCAUUCUUCCCCGCAAAUUCCUUAGAAGAGGCUGCAGAUGCACCAUGGGACAGCCACUUAUCCCUUGGAUCCGUGACUAACUCACCGUCUCCUCCCCGAGAAGUUAGUACCCCAGAGAUGUUGGCAGAUGAGAAAGCCCUGGCGAUUAGCCAGAAGACCACGAUCAUGUCACAGGCUUGCAGCGAUUCGAGUGAGCCUGCAGGUGUUCAUGCAGGUAAUCCAGAAAUCCCCCGCGGCGAUGAUAUCAGUGCCCCAGACACGAAGAAGCUCCCCACAGAAGAACAUCAGGGGAAACAAAAUGAUAUCGAAGGAGCCGACAUAAGCCAAACUCCUCGGCAACAGGUGAGCUUCGAUUGCAGCGCUUUCAACCCCAUAGAUUUGCAAGCUCACCUAUUCCUGAUCCCCAGGUGGUGGGUCACAGGGCUCAUCCUUCACCGUGAUGACCUAGGAUGGCUAAUCCCCUUUCUCGUCUAUCUGGCUAUCGCGCUGCGUAUUCUUUUUCUUUAUCUUCCCAUCUCUGUGCUCACCAGACCGGUUUUCUGGAUCUGGAAACAGACCGCCUCACGUAUUGUGAGCUAUGUGCCUCCGAGGUUUCGUAUACCAGGAGCAGCGUUAGUGACAAUAGCCGUGAUUAUGAUCGGUUGUUUCGUCUCUGCGGAUACCCCAGAAAACACGCGAGCCGACAGAGCAGUUAGCCUAUUCGGGCUGAUUGUUUUCUUAUUUAUCCUAUGGCUCUUCUCUCGGGACCGCAGUAAUAUCGUCUGGCAUACCGUCAUCGUCGGCAUGUUGGUCCAAUUCCUUGUGGCUUUAUUUGUCCUGCGGACAAAGGCGGGAUACGACAUCUUUAACUUCAUAUCGACCCUCGCCCAGAAGCUACUGGGGUUCGCAGAGCAAGGUGUUGACUUCCUCAUCGAGACAGGCUGGGCUGAGAAACACAAAGGAUGGUUCAUCGUUAGUGUUAUCCCUGCAAUUAUGUUCUUCGUAUCUCUUGUGCAGCUCCUAUAUCACGCCGGUAUCUUACAAUGGUUUGUUCGCAAAUUUGCGACGUUCUUCUUCUGGUCGAUGCGUGUGUCCGGUGCAGAAGCGGUUGUUGCAGCGGCCUCCCCGUUCAUCGGGCAGGGGGAAUCAGCCAUGCUUAUAAGGCCAUUUGUACCGCACCUGACCAUGGCGGAAAUUCAUCAAAUCAUGACCUCUGGAUUUGCCACCAUCGCCGGCUCUGGUCUCAUCGCAUACAUCGGCAUGGGCGUCAAUCCUCAAGCCCUUGUAUCUUCCUGCGUCAUGAGCAUCCCCGCCUCCCUAGCAGCAUCCAAGAUACGCUGGCCCGAAAAAGAGGAAACCCUCACAGCAGGCCAUGUUACCGUCCCGGAAGACGAAGAGCAUCAAGCCGCCAACGCCCUUCACGCGUUUGCCAAUGGCGCCUGGAUGGGUAUCAAAAUCGCAGGCAUGAUCACCGCCAACCUACUUUGUAUCAUUUCUCUGGUCGGUCUAGCCAACGGUCUUCUCACCUGGUGGGGACGCUACCUGAAUAUCAACGAUCCUCCUUUGACGAUCCAACUCAUCAUGGGAUAUAUCUGCUACCCUGUUUCCUUCCUUUUGGGUGUUUCCCAGGAUGACGACCUCCUGAAAGUAGCACAACUAAUCGGCAUGAAGCUUGUGAUGAACGAAUUCAUAGCAUACUCAGCCCUCCAAACCGACCCGCAAUACCAAUCUCUAUCUCCACGAUCAAGACUAAUAGCCACGUACGCGCUCUGCGGAUUCGCGAACAUCGGCUCCCUAGGAAACCAGAUCGGAGUUCUGGCACAACUGGCUCCCGAACGGGCAGGAGAUGUAUCUCGCGUGGCAGUUAGUGCAAUGAUAACAGGAGCGAUCAGCACACUUAUGAGCGCGGCGAUUGCAGGAAUGAUUGCGAUUUAGAGUGCUGCGGGUAGUAGAUCUAGCGCCAUGUUUACCUAAGUGAGAGUUACAACAAUGUGCCUAAUUGAGCCGUGUAUUGCAGUUGUUCGGUUUGGGAUGGCAGUUGAUCUUCUG